GCAGGUAACAUAAAAAUUUUCACAGCUUGGGAAUGGGAGCAAUCUGGUGGUAGUGUCGUCUUCUUCCUCCUCCUCAGAUUUGCAAAUGUGGAUUCAGUCCUUAUGAAUCCUGCAAAUUCAAGAAAAACCCAUUUGAGAUAGAAAGCCAAAAGCAGAGUAGAGAAGGCGAAAGAAGCAAAGCGAAUAGAGGCAGAGAAAAUGAGUGGCUUUGCGCUGGGUUCAGCGUUUGAUUCCAAAUCGGGUCAAAUGAUAAUGGUGGCUCUGCUUUUAAUGGUUGGGACCUUCUAUGCUGGCACCCUCUUUGGCAACAAUGGCCCCAUCUAUGUCUCCGAGCUCCCUUCCAAUUCUUCUUCUUCUUCUUCUCCUUCUUCCUUUUCCACUGGUAUUUCUACAUUUACAAACAAGGUUGCUCUUACUUAUAGAAAAACACCACUUUUGAUCCCUGAAACUGGAAUGAAUGUGUGCCCAUUAACAUUCAAUGAAUAUAUUCCUUGCCAUGAUGUUUCUUACAUUAAGAGUUUGCUGCCCAACUUGGAUGUUUCUAGAAAAGAAGAGCUAGAGAGGCAUUGCCCUCCACUUGAGAAACGAUUAUUUUGCUUGAUUCCACCUCCAGAAGAUUAUAAGAUACCAAUACAAUGGCCAACAAGCCGGGAUUUUGUGUGGCGGAGCAAUGUGAACCAUACACGACUUGCUAAAGUCAAAGGAGGACAAAAUUGGGUACAUGAGAAGAAUCAGCUCUGGUGGUUCCCAGGUGGUGGUACCCAUUUCAAACAUGGGGCCCCUGAGUAUAUUCAAAGGUUAGGAAAUAUGACUACAAGUGAGACAGGUGAUCUGCGUUCUGCAGGGGUAGUUCAGGUUUUGGAUGUUGGUUGUGGGGUUGCCAGCUUCUCUGCUUACCUCCUCCCACUGGAUAUUCAAACAAUGUCCUUUGCUCCCAAAGAUGGACAUGAGAAUCAAAUUCAAUUUGCAUUGGAGCGAGGAAUUGGUACAAUGAUCUCUGCUUUAGCCACAAAGCAACUACCAUAUCCCAGUAGCUCCUUUGAGAUGGUUCACUGUUCAAGGUGUCGUGUCGAUUGGCAUGAGAAUGAUGGGAUUUUACUCAAAGAAGUGAAUCGCCUUCUGCGAUCUAAUGGGUACUUUGUCUAUUCGGCUCCACCUGCAUAUAGGAAGGAUAAAGACUAUCCAUUGAUUUGGAAUAAGUUGGUAAAUCUGACUUCAGCAAUGUGCUGGAAACUCAUUGCUCGAAAAGUUCAAACAGCAAUCUGGGUUAAACAAGAAAAUCAGGCAUGCCUUCUGGACAAUGCCGAGCAGAAACUUUUGAACAUAUGUGAUGCUGUCAAUGAUUCUAAACCAUCAUGGAAUACACCAAUGAGGAACUGUAUACAAGUAAUUAGUGGACAGACAAAUAUUCAGAAACUCCAUACUAGGGCAGAGCGUCUUUCUGUGUAUUCAGAGAGUCUCAGCAAAAUAGAUAUUAAUGAAAAGGAAUUUAGUUCAGACACUUUGUUUUGGCAAGAUCAAGUUAGCCUUUACUGGAGGUUGAUGAAUAUUAGUAAGACAGAAAUACGAAAUGUCAUGGACAUGAAUGCUUUCUGUGGUGGAUUUGCCGUGGCUUUGAAUACCUUGCCUGUUUGGGUGAUGAAUAUAGUUCCUGUAAGCACAAAGAAUACCCUGUCUGCUAUUUAUGACCGAGGACUGAUUGGUGCUUUCCAUGAUUGGUGUGAACCAUUCUCAACUUAUCCACGCACAUACGAUCUGCUGCAUGCGGACCAUCUUUUCUCUCUAUAUAAUAACGAGGUAGAAGGUUGCCUACUGGAGGAUAUCAUGCUGGAGAUGGACCGUAUGAUAAGGCCCCAGGGAUUUAUUAUUAUUAGAGAUGUGGAAUCCAUCGCAUCAAGAAUCCAAGAUCUUGCUCCCAAAUUUCUAUGGGAGGUUACAUCACAUAUGGCAAAAAACAAAGAAAACAAUGCAGAAACUGUGUUAUUAUGCAGAAAGAAGUUUUGGGCAAUUGUCUAAAAUACAGCGUAAAGAGCUUUUGCCAAUACAACAGCAACAACAACAACAACAACCACCAAGCCUUCGUCAAUAUAGUUCUUUCUUUGGCAAACAUGUAGGUUGUUCGUAUAAUGACCCUUUUUUCCCUGUACUUGCUUAUGCUUGUCGACCUUGUGAAUGAAGUGAGGUUAUAAGUCUUAAGUUGUUUAUUGCUUCAUAAUCAUAUAUUGUGUAAAUUUCUAGAGAGACUUUCAAUGUACAACUUUCUCCUUUAUAUUUUGCCAAUGGUGGCAAUACAAAUUUUGAAUUCCUCAUGAUCAUCAAA